ACGAAAAACGCAUAUAACCUAAUUUUAAUGUUGGUGUCAUGUCCGUUUUAUGUUUUGUUGUGUGAGUUGCUGUCUUCAUAUAACGAAAAUUAAAAUGUUUCUGUAAAUAAAAGCUGAUAAAUACGUAGCCAAUUCUUUUUUAAUGUGACAAUAAUAGUGGUUGAAAAAAUGCAAAGAAUGCCGUAUAUGUCGGAUCCUACCAUUAUUCCACGAGUACAAAAGUAUUUAGAAUCUAACGUGGAUAAAACUUACGUGGAUAUAAAUGUAAUGGCCGAUGAUUUACAACAGAAAUAUAAAGAAUAUGCUAAAAGGAAAAGAAGUGCUUUUCGUGCCUCAGUGAGUAAAGCAUACUCCAUAGUUUUAAGAAAUUAUGGUAUAGAGGACCCAGGAAGUUCAGAAGAAGAAACUGACUUUAUAAAUGAAAAUCACACCACAUCAAAAACUUCAUUUGUUAAUAAGCUCAAUAACUCUAUGAAUAACCAACUUGUGGAUAUGUACAGAACGCCUCCAACAAAAGCUAUAGAAGAAAAUGAAUUUAUAGAUAUUAGCAGUGAAGAUUCAGAUAAGAGUUCCAAUUUUAGUAAUAAUAAAGUAAAUAACAGUUCACAAAAAAUAAAUUACUCUGAAAAAGAUAUAAACAGAAAAAGGGUUGUCUCACAAGAUGUCGAAGCGAAUGAACAAAAAGAAGAAAUUAAAAAGAGGAAAAUGGAGCAUAUUAGUGUUCCUGCAAGUAGAGAAAAUAAGAAAAAAAGAUCUGUAGGGAUUUUUAAAAAAGCCACUUAUACAUUUAAAGAUAUUGCUGGUAUGGACAAAACGUUAGAAGAUGUUUGUAAGUUAAUAAUACAUGUUAAACAUCCUGAAGUAUAUAAAGACAUUGGAAUAUCUCCACCUAGAGGAUUUUUAUUGCAUGGGCCUCCAGGUUGUGGGAAAACUUUAUUGGCGAAUGCUAUAGCUGGGGAACUGAACAUACCUUUACUAAAAUUAGCCGCACCAGAAUUGAUAGCGGGAAUAUCUGGUGAAAGUGAAGAGAGAAUACGAGAUUUAUUUGACCAAGCGAAAACGACAUCUUGUGUUUUAUUUAUCGACGAAAUUGAUGCUAUUACUCCGAACAGGCAGAAUGCACAGAAAGAAAUGGAAAGGAGAAUAGUAGCUCAGCUAUUGAGCUGUUUAGACGAAUUAAAUGACGGUGAAAAUACUGUUUUAAUCAUUGGGGCCACAAAUCGACCGGAUUCUAUAGAUCCCGCAUUAAGAAGGGCUGGUAGAUUUGAUAGAGAGAUAUCCGUUGGUAUUCCUGAUACUCAAAGCCGAGCUCAAAUUUUAAAACUUCUUACGUCCAAGCUGAAGUUAUCUGAAAACUUUGACUUUGAACUUCUUGCGAAUUACACUCCAGGUUAUGUGGGAGCUGAUUUGAUAUCAUUAACAAGAGAAGCUGCAAUGCUGGCCGUAAAUAGGCUACUUGAAGAUAUAAAGCAGCUUCGUAAGGCGAAACAGGAAUUAGCCAAUGUAACAGAAGGUUGUAUUCCCGAAAACGUGGAAAACGUGGAAAAUAUUAAAUCUCAAGAAAUAAUUGUGGACAACAUAACUAAUGACCUAACAUCCUCCGAAAAACAGAUAGAAAAUCCAGUCGUCAUUAUCGAUGAUGACAUCACAAUUAAACCAUCCGAUCAGAACUUACCUGUAGAUAAGAGUGAAACUGUUACAGAUGAACACGAAAAAUUAUCAAGCAACCCAACUCAACCAUUCUCACCGUUACAGGAUCUGUUAACUUGGUUGCACGAUGAGUCUCCUUUUUCUGAACAUCAGUUGAAAGAUCUGUGCAUAAGUAUGAACGAUUUUGAAAGAGCUUUGAAGUUAGUCCAACCUUCAGCAAAAAGAGAGGGUUUUGCCACAGUUCCGGACGUUACAUGGAAUGACAUUGGCUCUUUAAGGGAUAUAAGGGAGGAACUACAGAUGUCUAUAGUAGCACCUGUAAGAUAUUCCAAGCAGUUUGAUUCGCUGGGCAUUAAAUCCCCCACUGGGGUUCUUCUAUGUGGGCCACCAGGUUGUGGAAAAACCCUUCUGGCUAAAGCCAUUGCUAAUGAAGCGGGGAUUAAUUUUAUAUCUGUUAAAGGACCUGAACUUCUCAAUAUGUAUUUUGGCGAAAGUGAAAGGGCAAUUCGAGUUUGUUUCGAAAGAGCAAGGAAUUCAGCGCCUUGCGUGAUAUUCUUUGACGAACUAGAUGCGCUAUGCCCUAAGAGGUCUAAUUCGAGAGAGGGUGGUGCUAGCACACGCGUGGUCAAUCAAAUGUUAACUGAAAUGGACGGAAUAGAAAGUAGGAGAGGAGUGUUUCUUUUAGCGGCGAGUAAUAGGCCGGACAUAAUCGAUUCAGCUGUUUUGAGACCAGGCAGACUGGAUAAAAUAUUAUAUGUGGGAUUACCCACGCCCGGUGAUCGUGUCGACAUAUUACGAGCAAUAACAAAAAAUGGCACAACUCCUAUCAUGGCACCGGAUGUCAAUCUUGAAGAAAUUGCCAAAUUCGAACAAUGUCAAGGUUAUACUGGUGCAGAUUUGGCCGCUUUAGUUCGUGAAGCAAGUAUUACUGCAUUAAAGGACUUUAUGAUACAUAAUAUAAUAAAUACGGAUGUCCCAGUUGUAGUUACAAUGGAACAUUUUAAGGAGGCUAUCAAAAAAAUAAGACCCUCUGUGUCAGAAAAGGACCAGAGACACUACAAGAAAUUGAGAAAAAUUUAUGCUUCUGUUCCCGAUAAUACUGAAGUAGAAGAAAUGGAAUAUUAGUAUUAUUCAGUAUAUGAAUAAAUAUUUUAGUACUACCCUUGAACAUAUACAAACUAAAAAAAGUCAAGUUAUUAUGAUUCAAAAA